UGGACCAUGCCCCAGAUAUCUUUAGGAUUGGACAAUUCUAACUCUUAAAUAGGUGGCCUGCAGACAGAUAGUGCAUGAGAAAACAAUGCAGCUACUGCCCAUAUUUGGUAGGAAAAGAACUAAAGGUUGGAUUACUAAGAUUUUCUAGUCUGGGAAAUUUUUGGGGCAUGGUUCGUCUGUGGUGUCUCAGGCAUAGGAGAUCCCUGUUCUUGAAAACCAAAUCAUGCUCCUUGUUUGUUCAAAUAAGUAGACAAGGAAAUUAUGAUAUAAUUACAAGACAACUGAUGUAAGAUCAAAUGGAAAACAAAUAAGUAUUCAAGAAUAUAGGUCUUUUGUUUUGCAAACAUGAAUGUAAAAUUUUUUGUUCUUGGGUUCCUUCUGCAUAACAAUAGUUUUCCUGUUAUACAUUUUCAGUUCUUUAUAGCGCAUUUGAUGUCUACGAACAAGGUGGUGCUACUCUGUAGAUUAGGAGGCGAAUUCAUUUGGGAAUCCAGUAACGUUUAUUACAAGGGUGGCACAAACCGGAUAGUUCAUGUUGAUCGAGCAAUCAAUUACCUCAAUCUUUUAUGCAAAGUGUGUGGGAUUUGCAAGUUGACCGACAUUAGCAGCAUCCAAUAUAAAUAUCCUGGUCUAGAUUUGGAUUCACUUGUGUUGAUUGAGAAUGAUGACGAUAUAUCAAAUAUGAUGAAUGCAUUUCCUCAAAGUAACGAGCCCAUUCAUCUCUUUAUCUUGUGUGCCCAAAACCCUUUAAUCCCCGUUGCAAUCCCCAGUAAUCUGAUGCAGAAUGCUGAUACUGGAAGUGCUCAAGCAUCAUUGCAGGAUUUACAUGUAGGUUAUAAAGCACUUGCAUCUUCUUUGCAUAAUGUUGAUGCCAAUAACCAUGAUGUUCCAAGUGCAUCAAAUGAUUUGAAUAAUCCUAUCAACAACACGCAGAAAGUGAUGCUGGAUUUAAAAGAAGGCCAAGAAUUUGAAGAUGUAAAUGCUUUCCAUAAGGCUUUAAAGGAGUAUGCCAAACGUUCAAAUUUCCAAUAUAAGCGAACAAGGUCGGGCGGUGGCCAUUUUCAGGCGAAAUGCAUUAAAGAUGAUUGCUUAUGGUGUAUACGUGCAUGUAAGCUUCUUGACAAGCCUAUAUUCAAGAUAAAAUUCUUGAAGGGAAACCAUACUUGUAAUGUUGCAAAUAAGCCAACAAUGUGAUGCCGACAUCAGUGGUGCACCCUUCAGAGUGUAUCAGAGGAGGAGGCAUCGUCGAUAGGUACUCUGGAGUGGAGGAGUUGAUGUGGAUGGACGUCGGGUCCAUCAGACUCAUUUUUUAACGCGCUAUGAGUGUAGGAGCGGCAUGACUGCACCCUGACUGCAGGCCCAUGGGGGACGGAUUUUACACCCUGUCGCGUAGGUGUUUUUGAGUGUUGGCGGUUUUUUUUU